GCCUAUUGUCUCCGAUCCUCGGUGGGGUCGUAUGUGGAUCUUCAAUAUGCCGCAUCAUUUUCCAGAGACUUUUUUCGCGUCAUAAGCGAACGGUUGCUCGGCACACGUUUUGGAGUAGCCAAAAUGAUCACUCGUCUUUCGCUGCUAAUGGCACUCGUUUCUCUCCGCUCGGCGGGACGAUUCGUUUUCAAUUUUUAGGUUGGCUAGACGACGUCGUUAUGAGCUGCUUUGCAAGAACAGAGGCUUAGAUCUAUCUCUGUUGGCAAAUAUGGACGCGCACAACGAAGUUAAGAAAGAUGGCUCGUCAUCGGAAGGCUCAACUUUCAGGCCCUCAAUUGUCCAUGGGCCAGCAGAACCUCCACUGGUGUCCUUGACGCUGGGGGCUUUGCUGGAUCUACAGACGCGAAAAUAUGGAUCGAGAGAGGCUCUGAUUGUACGAUGGACAGGAGCGCGAUGGACGUACAAAGAUCUAUGCGAUCACAGCAUCAACUUGGCAAAAAUGCUUCUCGAUGUGGGUAUACGACCUGGUGACCGCGUUGGAAUCAUGGCUGGAAAUUGUGAACAAUAUGUAUGCGUCGUUUUCGCUGCCGCACGCGUUGGCGCCAUCUUGACGGUUCUGAACAACACGUACACAGCAGGAGAGGCACUCCGAGCUAUGAGACACACAGGAUGUAAGAUGUUAUUCACCACCUCUCGCAUUGGCGCGGUAGACAACAAGAUUUUGCUUUCACAAUUGGUGCACAACCCGGAUCUUGUGCCCACACUGGAAGAAAUUGUCAUCUUGUACGGAGAGAACGACGGCUUUAGAACCUACGACGAAGCUAUCGAGGAUGGUCGUCAGUUGCCUGGCGAUGCGCUGGAAGAAGUACAAGGCGCUCUCGGUGCUAAUGAUAUAUGCAUGCUUCUGUUCACUUCUGGUUCUACGGGGAACCCAAAGGCUGCUGGUUUGACUCACCAUGGUGUCGUCAAUAACGCGCGAUUCAUAGGAGAUCGCAUGGACCUCAAAAAAGAGGAUGUUCUUGUUUGCCCUCCGCCUCUCUUCCAUUGCUUCGGACUUGUCCUUGGUCUUCUUGCGGUCAUCACGCACGGAGCGAAAGUUGUGUACGCGAGCGAACUCUUCGAUCCUAUCGCGACUUUACAUGCUAUAUCCGAAGAGAGAGCAACAGCCUUGCACGGCGUUCCUGCCAUGUUUGACACGCUCUUCAGCUCACGGAGAGACGGUUUAGACCUGACAUCACUAAGGACAGGUAUCAUCGCUGGCUCUCCUGUUCCAAAGCACCUCAUGAAGCUCAUGUCGAAUGAGUUUGGCAUGACUCAAUGGACGAGUAGUUACGGGCUGACGGAAGCUUCGCCAACCUGCUUCAAUGCAACGACAAGCGACACAAUGGAGCGCAAAAUGAAUACAGUGGGUAAGAUAAUGCCCCACGCGCACGCGAAGAUCGUGGACAGGAAUGGCAACAUCGUACCUGUUGGCACCCGCGGCGAGCUGUGCAUGGCCGGGUACCAAUUGCAGGCGGGCUACUGGCUGAACCCGGAGAAGACCGCAGAAUGUAUGGAGCUCGACGAGGAUGGUGUCUUGUGGCUGCACACUGGAGAUGAGGCGGUCUUUGAUUCCGAAGGGUACUGUACGAUCACUGGACGCUUCAAAGACAUCAUCAUCCGGGGCGGAGAAAAUAUCUAUCCACUGGAAAUUGAAGAUAGAUUAGUCGAACACCCGGCCGUGGAGCGGGCCAUAGUCGUUGGCAUCAAGCAUGCUCGUUUGGUAGAGGUCGUGGGUGCAUUCUUGCAACGAAAACCUGGACACGAGCGACCGAGCGACGAGGAGCUUCGAGCUUGGACAAGACAGACUUUGGGCAGACACAAAUCACCGCAUCAUAUAUUUUGGCUUGGUGAAGAUGGCUUGACCGGCGAGAUACCUCUGACGGGAAGCGGGAAAAUCCAGAAGUUCAUGCUCAGAGAAAUUGGUGAACGGUGGCUAUCUCAGCGCCAGGCUACAGCCGUUCAACCUAGAUUGUAGAUUACUUGACGUCCCUUGUGCUGACUUGGCAAUAAAAUGCGCAAAUUGAGAGGGAAAUUCGUUUCAGCAAAUCUUCCAAAGUGCUUCCUGAUAGUGUCGACAGAAAUCAAUGCCAAUAUUCACUUUGCAAAA